CGAUAAGCAGAGUAUCUCUUGAAGGUGAAGAUGGUUCCAUUGUCUAGAAGGAGACAAUGCCACUGAUGCCGUCCAUAUUACCUGAAUGAUUCUGGAUCACUAGCGUUGUUUGACAUGGAUUGGGGUCAGAAGCGGGAAGAGUUGGAUGAAGAUGCAAAAGAAGCCUCUGAAGGCUUAGAAGGGAAUGGUGAAAGGCCCAUUCCCCCCAGGACUUAGACCCGAAUUCCCUUUCAGUGAUACAAGCCACAGCCUUUGGGCACAUCUCUUUGUUAUUCAGACUGGUAGACCUCCAAGCUCACUCUUCAAAUGCACACCCACUCACUCCGAGAGUGACUCUCCCCAAGGUGGAGCUGAUGUCCACCCCUUACUCUAGACAAGGCACCCUCCCCAUAUACCCACCCAACUGUUGACUAGCGUUCAAGGGCCAUCACCAUCAACCACCACAGCACCAUCUACCAGGAACUGGCCUCUCCCCCAUCAGUCCCCGCCCCUCUUCUGAGAGCACCCAAUGGGUGGAGUCAGGGCUACGGUGGGAGGGGCCUGAGGCGGGCACAUUUAAAGAAAGGCAGAGGGCGAAAGGAGGCAAGAGAGGAGAAGAAAGAGAAGCCAGGGGGGGCGAGGCGCCGUCCAAUGACAAAGCCCAGGGGUGGGCGCCGGCCGCCAUCUUGUACCGGUCGGCAGGAUCUUCACCCGCGUCCUCCGCCCUCGGAGGGGGAGGGGCGGCUGCGGCGGCGGAGGCGGCGAGAAAAGUAGCUAGAGACGCGCCGGACGGGAGGCGCCAGCAGCUGCUGCUGCCGCGGAGCCGAAGGCGGGCGGGGACGGCGGCGGCGGGACCCGGCGAGCGCGGGCGGCCCCGAGCGGCCUCCGAUGCGGCGCAGUGUGAAAAGGCGGCGGCGCCGGCCCCCGGCCGCCCGGGCCGCGGCCGCCUGGGGCGUCGGCUUUAGGGCGGGAGGAGGGGCCGCGCUGGAGGCGCGGGAGGAGAAGGUGGUGUACUCGCGGUCGCAACUCUCGCUGGCCGACAGCACCAAGGCGCUGGGCGACGCCUUCAAGCUGUUCAUGCCACGCAGCACGGAGUUUAUGAGCUCGGAUGCGGAGCUCUGGAGCUUCCUCUGCAGCCUCAAGCACCAGUUCUCCCCCCAUAUCCUGCGCAGCAAGGACGUCUACGGCUACUCUUCCUGCCGGGCCCUGGUCCCCGACCCCCCGGGACCCCUUGCCGCCCGCGGCCCGACGCGCAGGCCGACCUCGAGCGCGGCGGCCAGGAGGAGGCGCCGCGGAGCCAGGGCGCCCGCCGCGCGCCGGAGGAAGCCCCCGCCGCUGCCGCCGCCGGCCCCCGAGGAGAGCUGCCCCGCCAAGCCCGCGGCGCCCGGGCCCUGCUUCGGGGGCCGCACCCUGGAGGAGAUCUGGAGGGCGGCUACCCCGACGCUGACCACCUUCCCCACCAUCCGCGUCGGCGACGACGUGUGGGGCGAGCGCAGCCUGGCGGCGGCGCGGCUUAAAGCGCACCAAGUCCUGCGAGUGAAUCUGGAACCCGUGGUGAGGCUCCGCCGCUUUCCGGUGCCCCGGGCGUGAGACGCGGCCCGCGUCGCCCUCCCAGCCGGCGAUGGAGCUUCCGCCGGAGGGAUGGACAAGUGUCAGUCGAGUGUUUACAGAUCCGGCCUGGACCCCGUCCCCUCGUGCACUUUACGGGCGAAGAAAUCACCGGCUGGUGUUCCCGGCCCCACGCCCCGGGCUUGCGGCGGCGCCGCCGUUUGGGACUCCGGGGCAGGUGCGCCCUCCGCCCCUUCCCGGCUCGGGGCUGCGGAGGAGGAGACCGCCGGACCCGUGGGGGAGGGUCCUUUGCUUCCGUACCCCGGACUGAGACGUCUCCAGGACUGGAGGGGCAGAUCCGUUUUCUCCCUUUGGACUCUACCUCACUGGUCUGGAAGUCCUCCGAAGAAGUCGUUAUUUUUUCCAAAGGAAUUUGGUUUCGUGCUUGUGUAAUAACGCCAGAAUCUACUUGCUUUUCACCCCGCUCCUCAACCUCUGCCCCCGUUUUUCUUUUCGACUGCCACCCCUCUUUCUGGACGAAAGAUCGAACCUGUUUUGUGCUGUUGCACCCGUUUGUGCUCAGGGUAUUCUGAAUCCCACUCGUUUCCUAAUUUUAACCGGAUUCCAAAGCUUUGACCAAGGAUAUUUUUCUAAGAGAUUCAAGCUUAUGACUGUUAAUAGUGCAAGGAUUUAUAUGCUGUGAAUUCCAUGGGCUCAGUGAUUGCAAACAAAGAGAUGCAAACUACAACUGUUUAAACAUUUUUGAGGUGUUUCUAAAGAUUUUAUAUUGAGAUUUAAUGUUUAUAUUUGCUGAGCUCCUAAAGAAAAUGGUUGAAACUCAUAUAAAGUUCUGUUUAGGAAAAGCUGAGUUGUUAAAUUCUUUUUGAUUAAAUAAAAAUUAAAGUGCAUUGAAACCACAUGGCUUGUGAUAAAGAAAAAAGUUAUAAAGAACUGGUGUUGGUUAAAGAGAUGGAUGGAAUCCUGUUGGAAAUGAUUUGGUCUCCUUGUACUGGUCUAACAUACAAAUCCAGGUAUAGUUCAAGAAUAACCUAUUUUAAAUUGGGAAUCACAUAGGAGAAGUAAAUGUGUGUAAACCUUGUGAUUAAAAUGAUAAACAGAAUACCCAUUAGAAUUCUCAGAACUAUUAGUGAUUUCGAGGGGGUGGGGACAUUUCUUGGUAUCAAAUAACUGGCUGAAGUUACUUUGGGCAAAAUAGGUCUUUCUUUACUUUUUGUUGUUGGAUAGCAAGAAAUGUCCAAACUAAUAUCCGUCACUUUUAUAUACAUCAUGACAAUUAGUUGUCUUUUUUGCUCCACGAGUUUCCUUUUUUAUCUUAAUUCCAUUCAUAAUUAUGUUUUCAGUAACCGGUCUUUGUUGACAGUUGAAGACCACAGGAAUCGAACAGGCGAGUCACACAGUACUGACCCUUCUUUUACACUUUUAUGAUAGCAUUUAUAUCGUUCGGCCCGGUGUGGAAUUCUUGAUUAUCCAAGUGCCUUUGGUCAUUGGUGGCAGCGAGACUUAAUGGUUUUUAACCGGUGGUGCCACAGCCAGAUUUUACUGCAAUAUCUAAAGGGUCAAAUGGUGUUUUUGUACCACUGUUUUUCAAAUUUAAGUAUUCUGCUAUGUAUGGGACGAUUCAUACUGUCUGGAACUCGACAUAUGAAAUCCUCAAUAUUAAGGUUUAUCUGUGCUUGGCAGCUUCGUAGGAGAAUAAUAAGAGUUGAAGUUUUGACUCUUGUGUUCUUAGAAUUCAAAUGGAAUAGCUUUCUGGAUUGAGUUUUUCAAGUUUAAUAGUCCGUAAGUAGGAGUUUCGUGACUUUAAUUUCAGUGUUCUUGUUUUGUAGAAAAAAGAAAAUUAUAUAUAUAUAUAUAUAUAUCUACGACUUGAUGCCAGUUUCCCAGUAUGCCUCAUAUUCUUUUAUUCACUACUUAAUAAUAACGCGUUGUUACAAACACUGUCACAUGAGUAAAUAAAAGUGAGUCAUUACAUAGUUGAUGGGAAGUGUUAAAUUUUAUUUGUGUGAUAGGAAGCUUAUAUAUAUAUUCUUUUGGUUAUUAGCUUAUUGCCAGUUGUAUUUCAGAUACAUAGGGUUUCCCCUCCCACCCCCAAAUUGUUAAAGUUUUUUAGCUAACUAGCCCCUGAGGAAAAAAUAUGUAUUGGUACCACUCACUAUUGUAUAUAGUUUUAUAAUAAUUAAAAAAUGAAUUCAGUGGCCAUAUUAGAAUGUAAUUUUAACGUACAGCUUAUCUAGAUAGUUUCCCAGAGGAUUUUGAAAUUAGACCUAGCUGGGAGGAUAACUGCUCAGCUCAAAACUGAAACAACCAUUGACACCAUGCAUUUAUUUUAACUGAGAUUCUUAACAUUUUUUCCUCAUGCCUUGUUACUUUAGUGCACUUGAACUAGCAUAAAUGCUUCUUUGGAUUAUCUGGGCUGUCUGAUUUCAGUUUGGAUCUGAUUGUCCAUCUUGAAUUCAAUAUGUUAUUUAUCUGGUCUAUUUAAAAAUCAUGUCAUUUCUAGUCUGUGAAAUAAGAUGUCAAAAAAUCUUUAUUUCUGCCAACUGUUCUUUAGCAAAGCCUACGUUACAGCCUCUAAAACGUGAAGAAACAACUAAGAUAGUUGGUUAGUAUAUUAACAGGAAAGUGAAAGUAUUUUAUGGGUACAUUGGGCAGAAUGUGGAGAGGAGCUUGGCAAGGCGGCCUUUAUGGUGAGGCAUCCAUUUCCUGUCCUCUGAGUCUGUAGCUUAGUUUGUAUAUAGUUUUUUAAAAGAAAACUCAUGAUUUUAUUCAUUCUCUUAUAAGAUUAUCUUAUAUCUCAUACGGCGCAAGUAGAGGGGGAAGCUAGGAGGAAGUUGCACCUUGCUAUGCUUUUAUUUCAUUUUUAACUUUUGAGUGCCUAAAUGUGGUGACUGGCAUCUCCGCUAACCUUUGGGGAUUCCUGAUGUCAUUUUUUAUCCUCCUUCCUGUCAACCAGCAAUUUAUUUUUCCUUUCAGAAACCAGGAAUGUCAUGAUCGUUGAGGGCAAGCUCCAUUGUUGAUAGUGCAAAGUGUUGCUGUUGUGGUGUGUAUUUAUUUUGUUGAAGUUCGAGUACCCCGUUGGACACGUGUAACUAAGCUGGUGGCUGACAUUUAUUGAUUUGCUACGUGCAAAUGGUAGUACUAUUUUUCUGAAAACUCGUCAAUAAAGAAACAUUAAAAAUAUUCGAAUACAAAAAAAAUCAGCACUCUUUAAAUUGGUGGUUUUUAGUGGACAUAUAUACAUAAUAUUUACUUUAUUAUAAUACUUUAUUGGUGUGUUUUGAAAUAUUUUCUGAUAGACUGUUAUGUCUUAAGUGCAGUAGAAGGCAAUUGUUUGUAAUGGAACCGAAUUGUUUCCUUGGGCAGUUUGAUGUGCAUAUGAUUAAGAUUUACAAUCUGGUUGUACUUUGCUUUUUAACUUAUUAACUGUAAAUAA